GGCGGCGCGCGCGCACGCUCCCAUUGUCCAAGAUGGCGGCGCGGGUGCAGCUUCUGUGAUGCUGGUGUUUUCGGCGCGUUUGUUUGAUGUUUUCCCGCUGAAGCUCCGUCCCCGUAUCUCUCUCCGCGUCCGGCGGAACGCGCGUGACGCCCAUCGCUCGCGCGGCGUGAGCGCGCGGUGUGGACCGGAGCUGUUUGGUGUCGCCCCGGUUUUUUUUCCUCCGCCGCCAAAAGUUUGCAGGGAGGAGGAUGAAGCGGCAGGCCGAGCGGGACACGAGCCCGGCGCGAGCUGCCGCCAAACGGAUCCGGGAGCGCGAGAGAGAGCGCGAACGGGAGCGAGACCGCGAGCGCGAGGGCAGACGAGGAGAGGAUGCCAUCAUCGCCUCCGCGGUCGCCGCGCCUCCCGGUGCCCUCCUACCGUCGCCGCCGCUCGCGCUGCUGCUCGCGGACACUCGGAGCGGUUGCUAUGGAAAACGUGAGGCGCGCGGAGGAGAGAGCAGCGCGCACCAUCGGCUGCACCACGACGCCGGUGCCCUUUCCGCGCGCUCGGGCUUGAGACCAGGUGGGAAAGGUAAAGGGUCUGCAGGCGCCGAGAUGCUCGGUGGCCGGGUGGCUGGGGGCGGGGCUGGCAGUGGUGGCAGCAGUAGUGGCAGUGGCGGUGGCAGCAGUAGCAGCAGCAGCAGUGGCCUCGAGUACAAAACCCUGCUGGUCAGCAACCUAGGCUCCCACCUGUCAGAUGAGCACAUAGAGGAUGAGCUCUUCCACAAGUUCAAGAAGUUCGGAGAUGUCAGUGUAAAGCUCUCCCACACACCUGAGCUUGGACGGGUAGCCUAUGUGAACUUCAGGCAAGUAGAGAGCGCACGGGAAGCACGCCACGCCAGGACCCGCCUGGUGCUGGGGGACCGGGCACUUCGGGUCGAGCCUGUGUACGUCCGCCGCCGCAGCUGCACGCCUCCUGAUGUGGCCUACGCUCCCUUGCUACACCCUGCCUACCUCUAUAGGCAGCGCUCGCUCUCGCCAGGGCCAGGUGGCAGUGCCAUCCGCGAUACCCGGGCCAGGCACUAUGCUGAGGGUGUCGUUGGGCUCGCCAGGGAGAGGGAGCGCCUCCUGGACUACUACAGCGCUUUGGAGGAGAGGAGCCGGGCACUGGCGUUGCAGCUGCAGGUGGAGGAGGACCUGAAACCAGAGGACGAUCAGAGAGCGACUCGGAACUUGUUCAUCGGCAACCUGGAUCACAACGUGUCUGAAGCAGAGCUCAGGCAGGGCUUUGAGAAGUACGGCGUCAUCGAGGAGGUGGUGAUAAAGCGGCCAGCGCGUGGGCAAGGGUGUGCAUAUGCUUUUAUUAAAUUCCAGAACCUGGACAUGGCUCACAGGGCCAAGGUAGCCAUGCAGGGACGAGUGUUCGGGGGCAACCAGGUGAAAAUUGGAUACGGCAAGGCCAAUCCCACCACACGCCUUUGGGUGGGCGGCUUAGGCCCGAAUGUGUCUCUGGCCGCCUUGGCUAGAGAGUUUGAUCGCUUUGGGAGCAUCCGUACCAUUGACUAUGUAAAGGGGGACAAUUUUGCCUACAUCCACUAUGAAAGCCUGGAUGCAGCCCAAGCAGCAUGUGCCCAGAUGCGUGGAUUCCCACUGGGUGGCCCAAACCGCAGGCUACGAGUGGACUUUGCCAAAGCUGAGGAAGUACGAGCAUACCCGCAGCAGUACCAGCUGCCUCUUCCUUUGCCGCCACCUUUUGAGCCACUUAGCGAAGGUUACAGCCGCCACCGCAGCUUGGAGAGAGAACUUAGGGCUCGUGCUCGUUCACCCUCCCACCCACUUUUCGCAGAGAGGGAACGAGAGCGUGAACGUGAAUGGAGUCCUCCUAAAAGCGUGGAACGCAGAACUAACACAGAAGCUUUUGGGCGGGGACGAGCCCGCAGUCGCAGCAGGGAGCGAUGGACCAAGGACAGAGACUCUGAUCGCAAAGGUUUGGACGAACGACGUAAGCGUCGGAGCCGAAGUCGCAGCAUCAGUCCAAGUGACAGGCUGUAUGAGGACAGGGGGCGCACCAGGGUGAGAGCAGGUGCCCCUGCAACCCCAGACGACAGUCCAGACCGGGCACGUGGCCGCCUUCCUGACUCCACCUCAGAGCCCCAAAGCCACACACCUGACAGCAGCCGCCAGUCCGGAGACGAGCGAGCUCAGUUGCUGUUGCAGGAGGAUUCAAACAAGCAUCGUAAAGGAGGAGAACAUGAGCGGAACCACCGCAAAAGUGAUGCAGACUUAGAUCAGCAGGUGAAAAAGUUCAAGAGCGAGCCCAAAAAGCCCAGCACGCUCUCAGAAUACGCCCAGACCAUCAGCAGAGUGUGGCACGGCUCCCUGGUGCUGAAAAACAGCAGCUUCCCCACCAACAUGCACAUCCUGGAAGGAGGGGCCAGCUUCUUCCUUUCCCUCAUGAAAGACAACCAAGCGGGCAGUGCCAAGAUCACACAGCUCAAGAUAGCCCAGCGACUCCGACUGGACCAGCCCAAGCUGGAUGAGGUGACCCGCCGCAUCAAGCUGGGCAGCCCCGACGGCUACACCGUCCUCCUGGCCGUCCAGGGCCCCAUGGACCAGGACUCGCCUCCUCUGGAACCUGGAAUCCAGAAACGCCUUCUGCGCAACCUGGUCACCUACCUCAGAAACAAGCAGGCAGCUGGCGUGAUCAGUCUGCCAAUCGGAGGACCCAAGGAACGUGAAACGGGGGGCAUGCUGUACGCCUUCCCCCCCUAGGCAGUCGACUUUUGAUAUUCCAGGUUCCAUUCACCACCAAUGUGAACAUUUUUUUUUCUGAUUCCGAAAGUUAAAAUUAGUUCUAGACUAAAAAUUUCCUUUCAGUGGAAAAUCUUAGUUCAAAAUGCUAAUAUGUUGUCCAAGACUAGGCUUAAUCCUUGUCUGGGUACCUGCACCUAAAAGUAGCGUUUCACACCUGAUUCAAUCUGAAUUACUUUGUCUUUUUGCCAAUUCUGAAUUAUUUUAUUUUUUGUUUUAAGCAAACGAAACAGCUUUUGUGGAGUCACAUAUUAGGUGCCGCAUUCCAUUUAUGAACAGUUUCGAACUGAUUUAACUUUUUGUGAUUCCGUAAACUCGAUAAAACUUGAUUGAAUCGUGUUUUUAAAUUGUUUUUAUUUUUUUUAAUCAGCAGCAUUAUAGUACCUUAUUGUACCUCAUUUGGAAAAAAUGUUAAUUUUCAUAUUGCAUGCAGUAGGCAAUUUUACAGAUGUUUCUGAUUCGAUGUAAUGGAUGUGUAGUUGAUGGGAAGUCGAGUGUAGUGAUUUACAUUAAAGGCGUUACGUUGACCAACCCCCCCAAUACUUACUCUUACAUGGAGCUUAAAAGCAAUUUAAAAAAAAAAAUCUGAUUUAUAUAUAAAAAAAAAAAAAUCUAUCAAUAAAUUCAAACUGAUUCGUUUCAAAACUUAGAAAUGCCAAUUUAGGACAAAGGUUUUGUAUUUUUAAUUUUUAAAUGUAUUUUUUUCCCCUGACAGCAAAUUUCUUCACUUCCCAAGUUCAAAAUACAUGAAUUACACCAUUAAAUAAUUCAAGAUUAAAGAUUCAAAUACUUUUUAAGCUCCAUCCCCUUAAUCACUAUUUUAUUUCAAUUGUAGUUAUUUCUGAUAAUCUGGUGCACUAAAAAUAGAGUGAAAUUUCUUCGUUUUAUUUUAGCUGAUAGACCAAGUGUGACUUAAACAUGCCGUAAACAUGCCAUAAGCUCUGAAUGUAGUCAUUAGGACCACAUUUUUACCUGUUACAGGUAACAGGGGAGGAACGAGUGUUGUUACAGGCCACAUCUACCUCUGGGAUUUGUGUAAUGAAAAAUAGGCCUUUGCAAAAAUUAUGUUUAAAAGAAUUAGUGCGCUCAAUCCCAUUAUAAUCAUAUUUUAUUCACAUAUGAUUAUUCAAGUACUCGUGCACAGCAUAAUCUAAAAAUAUGAGUAAGAAAUUUGACAGAGAGCUAUAUAUCAAAUUACCUCAUCAAUCAGAUUAACAGACAAUUAUAAUUAUAGCAACAAUUGGUCUUGCUGAUUUUCUCAUUUUUCCAUUUGUGCAUCUUGUAACAAAAAUUAUUUGUAUAAUCCAAUUUCCUUUUGUUUUGAGAUGCAAACAUUUAAACAAAUCUUAAAAUCAAAAAUGAAUCAAAUGAUAAAAUUGGAGAAUUAUAUGAAAACCCAUUUCUUCUUUACUGUACUCAAAAUGUGCAAAAAUGAAAUUGAACUUUUUCCACCCAAUUUUUGAGUUUAGCCUCAAACAAACUAAAAACUGUGUAAACGGGAUAAAUGUUACACUGAUCUCUUUCUGCAGUAUUUGUAUUAUGAAGUGCAUGUACAUUGAUUCACUUGAGAAAUUGGACAAAUUUGAGUUGCGUCCCAUUACACUAAUGUUUUAUAUAAUUUUAUAUAUACUCUACAGUGCUGUGCAAAGGUUUUAGACGCCUGUGAGCAUUAGAAUUUAAAGCUUCUUACUUGGGAGCAAUGAGCAAAAACACUAUUAGAAUAAAUACUGUUUAAAAAAAACUAUCCUAAAAAUUCUCAGUUUUAGUAAAAAGCAGUUAUUCUUUCUUAUUUAAAAAAUUGUCAUUUUUAACAUAAACUAAUGUGCUUUAUUUUCAUUCAUGUGACAUUUUUUCAUGCAUGAAAAUGGAUCCAAUAAAUACAUUUAAUACAGAAAUACAUAAAACAACUGAUUCCUCCCAAAAGGGACGAAUUGUUAAUGUAUAUGGUGUUUCACAAAUAAUUGUCAAUUUAUCAUCGUUGAAUAAAUGCCUGGUUUGGUAACUCAGUGUUUAAUGUGCAUUAAGGUGAUUAAGGCUGGGAGCAUUUGAAAUAUUUCUUAUUUUCUUAUUAAAACAUUUUUAAAAAGUUGUACUGUUUGUUUUAUGUAAAAUUAUUUUAAAUAUUAUAUGAUGCCUAAAACUUCUGCACAGUACUGUAUGUAUGUUUUUCUAUUAAAUUUAUAAAAUGCAAACAUUACAAUAUAUGAGCUAAUAUACUGUCGCUGUCACAAAAAAUCUCCGAAUUGGCAACUUAACAAGUUUUAAUGGAAUUUAAUGUAAAAGCAUUUUUAUGGUUUAUUCAUUAGGACAAUUUUGAAAAUACAAACAGUUUCAGCAAUUAAAACCCAACAUUAAAUUCAGAAAAAUAACUUUUAAAACUGACAUUGUUUUUGUGACUGUGAGGAUGUUUCCAAUGGUAGUGCAAAAAUGUAUUUGUUUUUAUUAUUAUUUUUAUUUUAGUUUUUUUUUCGUCGAUUCCUUUUGAUACAUUUCAUUACAAGUUGUGUGACCCUUUUUUUUUUGUUUGUUUUUUAUAAAAAUUAAGCUGACAUUUAAGCUACGCUAAGCGGUUUUACAAAUCUGUAAAAAAGAAAAAAAAGACUGAACACUAUGACUGAUUCCGUUUUUAGCUUUGUUUUUUACUCUGUUUUUUACUCUGUUUUUGUGAAGGAAAACAUCUGAUAUUAGACGUCGGACUGCGAACACUACUUCCAGAAAAGGGAAUUUUUGUUUCUCGUUCUUAUAGAAAUUGAAUUAUAAGCUGUUUCUUUGACACUCCACUUCUUUGUUGUACUACAUAUAGCCUUUUACGUUCUCAUUCGUUGUAUUUUUUUUGCUUUUCAGUUUGUAUUGGACGAAAAUGUCAGUGUAUGCCAUGCAAAAAUGUCAGUAAACAUUUCAUGGUCUUCUUUCUAA